CUUUUCUCUUCGCUCUCAACAUUCUACUUCGCUCUCUCUCUUUCUUUGAUCAUUGACAAGUUCGAACCGGUCAUGGCUCAAGAAGAGAUACAGAAGCCUGCCGCUUCAACCACCACUGCUCCUGUUCCGACAAAGGAGGAAACUCCUGUUGUGCCUCCAGUUAAGGAGGUUUCUGCACCUGUUAUUACGGAGAAAUCAGUGACAGCGCCUGCCCCUGAGUCCAAGGAGGAGAAUAUUGUGUCUGAGAAAGAGGCGGCGCCGGUUACGGUGACGGAACCGGAGGUUAAGGUGGAGGAACCGGAGGUUAAGGUGGAGGAACCAGAGGUGACAGCGGAGACGGUGGAAGAGAUUGAGACGGGAAAAGUGAUCACGCAUACGGAAUCGUUUAAGGAGGAAGGCUAUUUGGCUUCAGAAUUGACCGAAGCUGAGAAGGAUGCGUUGGCAGAGUUUAAGGAGAUGGUGAGGGAAGCUUUGAACAAGCAUGAGUUCACCGCUCCACCGCCACCUCCGGCAGUAGAAGAGAAAGUCGAGGAAAAGAAGGAAGUGAAAACAGGGGAUGUUGAAACAGAGGAAAAGUCUGCUGCUCCGACAACCGUAGAGACCAAGAAGGAGGAAAACGCCGCCAUUCCUGCCGUCGCAAAGAUCACCAAGGAAGAAGAGAAACCGGUUGCUCCUACUCCGGUCGAAACAGUGACAAAGAAGGAAGAGACACCUGCUCCGGCUGCCCCGGUCAUCACAGAAGCGAAGAAAGAGGAGACACCCGCUCCAGUAGAGACCAAAGCAGCUGCUCCGGUCACCACUGAAAUCAAGAAGGAAGAGAAACCGGCUCCAGUGGAGACCAAAGCGGCUGCUCCGGUCACCACUGAGACCAAGAAGGAAGAGACACCGGCUCCAGUGGAGACCAAAGCUGCUGCUCCGGUCACCACUGAGACCAAGAAGGAAGAGAAACCGGCUCCAGUGGAGACCAAAGCGGCUGCUCCAGUCACCACUGAGACCAAGAAGGAAGAGACACCGUCUCCAGUGGAGACCAAAGCUGCUGCUCCGGUCACCACUGAGACCAAGAAGGAAGAGAAACCGGCUCCUGUUGAGACCAAAGCGGCUGCUCCAGUCGUCCUCGAGACCAAGAAGGAAGAAGAGAAAGGAGCCACCUCUGCGCCUGUAGAGACCAAACCAGCUACUCCGGUCACCACCGAGCUAAAGAAAGAAGAAGCAGUGGUAACAAUCGAGAAGGCUUUCGCAGCUGAACAAGAAGAAGCAACCAAAACUGUGGAAGCAAUCGAAGAAUCGGUCGUCUCCAUCACUCUUCCAGAGACAGCUGUCUCAGUAGAGCCAGAAGAAGUCUCAAUCUGGGGAAUUCCACUUCUCGAGGACGAAAGAUCUGACGUGAUCCUCCUCAAGUUCCUCCGAGCUCGUGACCUCAAGGUCAAAGAAGCCUUCACCAUGCUGAAAAACACUGUCCAGUGGCGCAAAGAAAACAACAUCGACGACCUCCUGGCUGAAGAUCUCCAAGGGACCGAGUUCGAGAAGAUGGUGUUCACCCACGGAGUUGACAAGCAAGGACACGUUGUGAUCUACAGCUCGUACGGUGAGUUCCAGAACAAGGAGAUUUUCUCAGACAAAGAGAAGUUCAACAAGUUCCUCAAGUGGAGGAUUCAGUUCCAAGAAAAGUGUGUGAGGUCUCUUGACUUUAGCCCUGAGGCUAAGUCAUCGUUCGUAUUCGUUAGUGACUUCAGGAACGCGCCAGGGCUCGGUAAGAGAUCAUUGUGGCAGUUUAUCAGACGUGCUGUUAAGCAAUUCGAAGACAAUUAUCCAGAAUUUGUUGCUAAAGAGCUGUUCAUUAAUGUCCCAUGGUGGUACAUUCCUUACUACAAAACAUUCGGGAAUAUCAUUAUAUCUCCGAGGACAAGGAGCAAAAUGGUCCUUGCUGGUCCAGCCAAAUCUGCUGAAACCAUAUUCAAAUACAUAGCUCCUGAAGUAGUCCCGGUUAAAUAUGGUGGACUCAGCAAAGAAAGCCCAUUCACCGUUGAAGAUGGAGUCACCGAGGCCGUAGUUAAAUCCUUAGGCAAACAUACCAUUGAAUUGCCUGCUUCCGAGGGUUGCACGCUCUCGUGGGAGCUUAGGGUUUUGGGUGCCGACGUGAGCUAUGGUGCUCAAUUUGAGCCAACCAGCGAGUCAAGCUACACCGUGAUCGUCUCUAAGAACAAGAAAAUCGGUUUAACUGAUGAACCUGUGAUAACUGAUUCUUUCAAGGCGGGUGAACCGGGAAAAAUCGUCAUCACGAUUGAUAACCAGACGUUUAAGAAGAAGAAGGUGAUCUACAGGUUCAAAACCCAAGCAUAAGACAAUGUGCCCCAUCUUCAAAAGAAAAAUGGUUAUUCGGGACAAACUUUAAUAAUUAAAAUUAGUUUAUUUAUUUAUGUACUUUUUGAAACCUCAAAAGGGGAUUGUGUUUUGUUGAUGGUGUUUGGUGAUAUUUUUUUGUGUGUUAAUGGUUUUUAUAAUAUAUACAAAUUUGUGUGUGACGAGAUGUGAUUACUUGACC